AUGACAGAUCAUCAACUCGAUUUCAACAUGGUGGCAUCAACUAAACUGUACGACUCAAAUUAUUGUAGGCUAUGUGGAGAAAAAAACGAAAAUGGAACUCAAAUUUUCGGAUCUAAAGAAAAUGCUUCAGAUUUAAGCCAACUUAUUAACAAAUAUCUACCAAUUAAGGUCGAAGACGAUAAGAAGUUUCCAACUUCGAUAUGCCCAGGGUGCCAUAUCCAACUGGAAACAACAAAAUUGUUCAUGGACUUAAUAGUAGAAGGUCAAGCUAAGCUAAGGUAUUUGCAUAAUUUGCAACAAAAGUCUUUAAAGCAACAGGAGGCUCAGGUUAAGCAGCUCCUCCAAGGAGUUCUUAUUUUGAAUGAUGAUGGGACAAUGCAACCAUUUGGAGAUGCAGAGGGAAAGCAACUCUUUAUACAAGUGCUUCCAGACAACAAACUCUAUCCAUCGACUCAUAACCUUGCAUUGAAAGCAUUGGGCUUAGAUAAACCAAAAAAAAAAGAGGCAGACCUCCCAAAAAAGAAACUCCACCAGUGGAAGAAAGAGAUGUCCAUGACAGCUCAGCUACCACAGAGGAAAAGGAAGAUGAAGAAAAUAUUGAAGAAGGUGGUCGUAGAAGAAGGAAGAUCAAGGCACCUCUGA